GAGAAAAGAAACCCUAGAAUUUGAGAGAGAGAGAGAGAGAGAGAGAGAAGAGCAGCGAAGAUGAAGUUCAACCCAAGAGUAUCGAGCAGCCGCCGCAAGAGCCGCAAGGCGCACUUCACGGCCCCGUCCAGCGUGCGGCGCGUGAUCAUGAGCGCACCCGUCUCCACCGACCUCCGCGCUAAGUACAACGUGCGCUCCAUGCCGGUCCGCAAGGAAGACGAGGUUCAGGUUGUUCGUGGCACCUACAAGGGCCGUGAGGGCAAGGUCACUCAGGUCUACCGCCGCAAAUGGGUGAUCCACAUUGAGCGCAUCACUCGAGAGAAGGUUAACGGCUCCACCGUCAACGUCGGAAUCCACCCUUCCAAGGUUGUUAUCACCAAGCUUCGCCUCGACAAGGACCGCAAGUCUCUCCUUGACCGUAAGGCUAAGGGACGCGCCGCCGCCGAUAAGGAGAAGGGCACCAAGUUCGCUCCAGAAGAUAUCAUGCAGACCGUCGAUUAAUUUAGUCUCUUUCUCACUCUCUCUCCCUUUUUGUUUGAAGUUAUAUUACUGAUAGAAGUAAACAAAAUUAGGUUUUGUAAUUUUUGGAUCUGAAACUGUUCAAUCCGGUUAAUUUUGUUAUGCAUUUAAUUUUAAAUCAAAAUCUUAUCACAAUGCUGCUGAGCUUAUAGUUA